AUGUCAAACAUUACACAAACAGCGCGUCGGCUCUUCCGAUCGCAAACCCUUUCAGCAUUCAGAACAUACUCGCCUGCAGCACCCAUUGCGCGUCUUCACCAACAAGGCCCAACACGGUCAGCAGUCGUUCACGACCAAGCACUCCCCAGCCAAACAGAAACACCAUUCCUUUCUCAGACCCAAUUACAAUCACCACACCAUGAAUCAGCCCUCGACACACUAGUUUCCCAAAUCCCACUCGUCCAAACCCUCCGCGAAACCCACAGCACCUACAAAGAAACCCGUCCCCAUCUCGCAAUCCCACCACCCAUCAGACAGCACCACUUCGUGGGCGGAAGCUUAACCGGUCCAGGCAAGCUCGCAUUCGCACCAUACAUGUGGCUAUCAACCGGCAAGUCCGAAGCACAAGCCGAAAGUGGCGACCAAGCCAGCAACGUUGUCUCAGUAUUCCACAUCGGUCAGGAUCUAUGUGGUCACCCUGGCUUUGUGCAUGGUGGUCUUCUUACUGUUCUCUUUGAUGAGGUGUUUGCACGCUGCGUCUCUGCGGCUUUCCCCAGCGGGCUGGGUAUGACGGCUAAUCUCAAUGUGGAUUUCCGGAAGCCGGCGCUUCCUGAUCGGAUGUAUGUGCUGCGCACGAAAACGACUAAGGUUGAGGGUAGGAAGGCUUGGGUUGAGGGGAGUAUGACUUAUCUUCCUUGGACUUUGCCGCUGUCUGCGGACUCGCAUAGCAUCGUUUCAGAUGCUAGUCUGUUGCGGGAGGAUAGUGAAGGUGCCGUAAUGGUUGCGGAAGCCAAGGCUUUGUUUAUUGAGCCUAAAUUUGCGGACUCUAUGGUGUCGAUUUAUUCGAACUAG